UCACCACUAACGCUAAGCCCUCGUCGUCCUCUGUGGCCCUUCGAUCCCCAAAUUCCCCAUGGCGUCCCAAAACCCCAAUGCCGUCGCGGAGGCCGGCGAGAAAGCACCGGUCACGCCUCUCUCGUCGUCGGCCGAUCCUCCUCCGUCUCCUGCGGCGAUGGCCGCCAACAUGCCCGCUCUUCCAGCGGCAUGCCUCGAAAACCCUACUCCUGCGCCGGACGCGAGCUUCGCACCGCAGCAGCCCGAGAUCCAUGGGGCCGGUGCCCUUGCAGGAUCCAGCUUGAGCUUGGCGAGUGCUUUAGAGGUCGGCCCCGUCACCGAUCUGCAGAAGAAGCUCCGGCGAGCCGAGCGAUUUGGGAUGCCGGUGAUGCUCUCCGAAGAGGAGAAGCGGAAUUCUCGAGCAGAGAGGUUUGGAACUGGGUCACCCUUAAGUGGAAGGAAAGAUAUAGGACAACCAGAGGAACAAAAAAGGAAGGCCCGAGCAGAGAGGUUUGGGCUUAAGAUAGAUAUAGUAGUUGAUGAGGAGGCAAAGAAGAAAGCUCGCUUGGAAAGAUUUGCACCAAAGUCCAUGAUGGAUACUUCAGAAGUGGAGAAAAGAAAGGCAAGAGCAAUCAGGUUUUCACAAGGCUCACCUCAAGUUGGCAGCCAAUCCAACUAUGAUCUGAAGGCAACAACAGUAGCUCACGCUUGACGGAGCUCUUAUGAUAUAGAGGUUUUCAUGCCCCCGUAUCUAUUUUAUAUUCUUGUAUCUGCCAGAGCUUUGGUGGUUGGUAAUCGGGAAUGCAGCAUAUUGAAAGAGUGGCACAAACUAUGUUGAAGAAGAUUUUGAUAUCACCAAUGGGCCUCUUUUUUAAUGUAUUUAAGUAUGAUUCUAACUAACGUGAUUAGGAACUCAAAUAUUGGCAGACUUGCAAAGCUUGUUCUUAACCUGACUGUAGUUGCAAAGAAGGUUGUUUGAACAUGGAUUCUACUCGUCAGAGUAAUUGGCUUGCCAGUUAAUCAUGGAUACUUAGAAACACAGCCUUGGGUUGAACGCUUGUAUGGUGAAUACAGUAUUAUUAAGUAUUAGUGUUUCUGGUC